UGUAUCCCAGGCCAGGACGUUGCUUGGUUGUAGGAUUUCUGAAUGGAGCUGCUGGGCUCUGGAAGAGGCGAUGCUCCCGGCUCCUUGUAGGAAGGGCGAGAGUCCCCUGAGGCAGCCGGUAACCAGGCACUCGUCAUGGCAGCGGGGACACAAACCGGGACAGACCCUGAGCGGGUGGAACCUUGGCAGGCUGCAGGUGAGGGACGGUGCAGGUCAGGACCCCAACCACAUGUGGUGUGGCAGGCAUGGGCCAUCUUUGUCCCUGGCUCAGGCUUGGCUGAGGGUGUUUCCGUCCUGGUGGUGCCUCUUACCCCGUGGGAGCCGUGCUGCUGAAAGCCCUCAGUGUCUCUCCAUCUCUGGUGUGGUUUGUGGUACACGGAGUGGUGCUGCAGCCUCCCUGGGCAGGAGGCAAUCGGCACAAAUUGGUUUUCAGAGCUUUUUGGGCUGCUCCUAGCCACUCCUGUGACAACUGCCUCAUGCCCCCAAAAGAAUCCAUGUGGCUCUCUUCAAGAAAUACUGCAGGUACCCAGCAGGGCUCCCAAACCUGCAUACUGCUGCUGAGCUGCAUCCAUUUGGGACUUAAGAGAACUGUAGCCUCAGGGAAAGCACAGGUUCAAACACCCACUGACAUUUUUUAUUCCCAGCACCUGCAUUGCACAUGGGGACCAGCCGCUUCUGCAAGUCCCGUGUCUGCAAGGAGAAGCCCUGAGAAGAGCCGGGGUCUGUAUGUUGCCUCCACCUCCUCUCUAGCAGGUGCUGGGACGGGCUGCAGCGCUGUGUGGAUGGAGGCCAUGCCCCUCUUCUGAAUCCUCGCUGCUGAUGCUUGUCCUGGGCUAAGAUGUGCGACAUUGCAGAGCCUUUCACGUCCUUCCAGGCUGAUGAAACCAUAGAAGGCGAGGAGGGGUUGCUGUACCUGACAAGGCGCCACAAGGGGCUGGCAGUGAACGCUUGUGCCCAUGCCAUCUUCUUCUGCAGACUUCUCCAGGCCCUCAGACCAAGCGGGACCGAGGAGGCCUUGCCGACUUCCCUGGUGGGCAGCCACGGCCUGAAGGUUGGCAUUAUCGGCGGGGGCCACCUCGGGAAGCAGCUGGCCCGAGUGCUGCUGGCGCUGGGCCGGGCUCCGCGCCCUUCUAUCCGCAUUUCCACCCGGCGCCCCGAGAGCCUGGCAGACCUGCAGGAGCAGGGCCUCGCCUGCCUCUACAACAACGCGCAGCUGGCGGCCUGGGCAGACGUCCUGUUCCUCUGCUGCCUGCCGUCACAUGUGGCGUCCGUCUGCUCCGCCGUGCGGACGGCCAUCCGGAAACCCUGCGUGGUGUACAGCCUCGUCACUGCGGUCCCUCUGCCCAGGUUGAAGCAACUCCUUCGCUACAAUGCCAUCGUGAGGCCACAGUACCAAUGCUCUGGCAAGGAGCCUACGAAGGAGUGGGGGAUGAAGGGGACGGUCACAGCAGCGCUGCAAGACCUUGCUGUUGUGCAGGCAACAUGCCCCCUCAGCUCCCAGGGGAAAAUUAGAGUCAAUGGCAAAUGGCUGGUGGGCAUUUUCUAUGCAGCCCUGAACAGCAGCAUGUGGCAGAGCCUGCCUCACCAGAAGGCAUUGAAAUUGCUCAAUGACCUCUGUUUUCCUGCACACUGCCCCAUCUGUGCCGAGCAGAAAGCUUCCUGCCCACGGUUUGAGUGCGAGAGUUUUGUCAGCAAAAAAUUUGCCUCUUCAAUGACUCAAGAGGAAACCUUCCCCUGGUUUGACCUGACAGCUGCACAGCUGCGAGAGUCUCCCUUUAGCCAGCUGCUAGAAAAGAGUGAGUUUCUUCAGCAGCAUCUUGCUCUGCUAUACCAGGCAUCUUUUGGAGACUGGCCUACAAAGCAGUGUGGGCUGAUCAGCACCAAGACAUCUCUUAUGUCAGCUGUGGCAGAGCCUGGCGUGGUGCUGGAUCACAAAACCUCACUGUCCACAACUGCUUCCAAUAUUUUCUCAGAAAUCCCAGAGGAAACUGCUGACUAUGAUUCUAAAUCCUUGUAAGCUAUAAUGAAGCCCAUGGCAGAAUGAUUUGCUGAGAUCUCAUCCCAAAGGGAUAAAAGACCAGAGAUACUGAUAAACCUCUUCCAUCAUUUCCCCUUCCUGGACUCAUGCAGUUUUAUGUGGUAGAGGAAGAGACUGUAAGGACUUUGUAUUGCUGGGAAAAAAAUAAUGCCAAAAAGCUAAUAAACAUUUAUUUAUCCAUUGCUCAGUUGUAAUACAAACUAUUGAUGGAGAUUUUCUCUUAUAAAAGAUUAUACACUAGAAUUACAUUCUUUUCCUUCUUUUUCCUCUGUUCUGAAACACCAUUUUGCAUCAAUCUGCAGCUUUGCCAAGCAUAAAAACAGCAUUUUUACUAAUGUAUCAGCACUGAGAUCUCUUGAUUUUCACCUUUUGAGAGAAGAACCACCUCUCCAUGUACUUGAAGCCUAAGCCUGUUUGCGAAUAAAUUGCUAAGGAUGGCUUUGCUCAUGAACAAAGGUCUUGUUGGACAGCUGUGGAAUACGACAAUGACUGCUGCCUCAGACAGGACUGAGGAUUGAGAGAAGCAGCACUAUUUGUUCUUGAACUCCUUAAAAGAUGUUCCAGCCAACAACGUUAUCUAUGCAUUUACUUUUACAAGUUUUAUACACCAGACUGCUUGGUAAACUUGUUUUUUUCCUGACUGCCCAAAUCUUGCCUUAUUUUAGUCUUAACUUACUUAUCACACAGUCAUCUCGGACUAUGACCUGAUACAGCUUCACUGGUUUCUGUUGCAGUUCCAGCAGAAAACUGAAUUACAGUUGCUUUGUCCUGGCUACAGCUUUGGUCUAAAUAACUAAUCAGGAUUGGGCCCUGUCCUUUUCUUUUUUCUUCCCCAUGGGGGAUCUCAAGCAAGGCUUUGACACCAAACAAAAUAGUGAUGAUUUAGUCAGAAGCACUCUUUCUGCUGAGCCAGGCUUUAAUCAACACUUACUCGUACUUCCUUGCUGGUGACAGUACAUGUUCUAGAUAUGUUGUAAAAUUAAAGUCCCCCCACCAUUACAGACUCUGUGGUACUUCAGGGAAAAAACAUUUAACUAGGUAUUCUGUCUAGAUCCACCCAGGACAAAUCAUUUUUCAUUCCCUAACUUCUCUAGUCUAGCUUUCAGUACUCUCUCAUACUUCCUGCCUUGUGUGGCAGUACUGUUCACUACGAUAAACCACUGCCGGGUUCUGUCUCACAGGAAAUCACUUCUGUGGUGAGGACAGGGAUUGGUUGUUUAUGUUCUAACUAAGCCCCUUCAGAUCGCUGACAGCAGCAGGCACCACGAAUGUAU